CGGCGCUUUUUCUUCUUCUUCUUCUCCAUCUGCCGGGCGAUGGAGAGCGUCGGGGCGUCGGAGCUGUGCUACCCGGACCUGAACGCCUCGUGCCGGGUGCCCAGACAGCCGCCCGUGCAGGCCCUGCUGAUCUACGUGCUGCUGUCCUGCGUCUCCAUGGUGACGGUGGCUCUCAACAGCCUGGUCAUCUUCUCCAUCUCCUACUUCAGGUGAUCACACGCGUUCCUCGCAGGCCAGAGUUUGCUGAUGUUGUCGUCCCUCGCCGCCAGGCAGCUUCACACGCCCACCAACCUGCUGCUGCUGUCGCUGGCCGUGUCCGACCUGCUGGUGGGCGCCCUGCUCAUGCCCGUGGAGAUCAUGUAUACGGAGGCCUGCUGGUUCCUGGGCGACGUGGCGUGCACGCUGUACUACGUGGCCGACUACGUGAUCACGUCGGCGUCGGUGGCCAACAUGGUGCUGAUCUCGGUGGACCGCUACGUGGCCAUCUGCCAUCCGCUCUCCUACCCCAGCCGCGUCACCAAGAGGCGGGUGAAGAUCUGCGUGGGCCUGUGCUGGCUCUGCUCCAUGGUCUACAGGCUGGUGCUACUCAACGAGCACUUGGAGGAGCCAGGCAGGUCCAUCUCCUGCCUGGGGGAGUGCGUGGUGGUCAUCGCCAACGCGGCGGGCUCCACGGACCUGGUCAUGACCUUCGUGCUGCCCAUUCUAGCCAUCCUGGUGCUCUAUCUGAGGGUAUUCGGCGUGGCCGUGGCUCAGGCCCACGUCAUGCGCUCUCGAGUGGGCGCCGGCAUGGUGCAGCGCGUGAAGAAGAGCGAGAUGAAGGCGGCCAGGACCUUGGGCAUCGUGGUGCUGGUCUUCCUCAUCUGCUUCUGCCCGUACUACUUUCCCACCCUGGCGGGAGAGAACACCUCCAUGAACGCCGCCUCGGCCACCUUCGCGAUCUGGCUGGCCCACUCCAACUCUUGCCUCAACCCCUUCAUCUACGCCCUCUUCUACCCGUGGUUCCGCAAAGCCGUGAAGCGCGUCUUCACGCUGCAGAUCCUCAAAGCAGGCUCUAGAGACGCCAACAUCUUGUAG